CGGACUGUUGUUUAUUUUGUUGUUGUUGGGACGUUGACACUGGAAACUGAUUUAAAUCGGCUAAUAAUAUUAAGAAAACUUGAAACAGCGCGUCGCCUGGUUGCAUUAAACAUCGACUGAACGGAAAAUCGCUGGCAUUUAACUAAACCACCAAGACAUAAAUUACAAAGGAAGCUGCGAAUCUUUAGAUCAUAAAAAUGUGCGACGAAGCCGUCGAAAAUGUGGAGCAUCAAGACCACCAUGUGCACUUCGACACGAACACGGUGAAGGACGACUUCGAGUCGGACAGCUGUGUGACAUAUCAAAGGUCGGGCGACACGAUUGUGGUUAGCCUGGGAUUCCUACAGAUCAAUCACCGCUACCUGAUCGACCUGAAGGUCCCGACGUCGCUUUUUGGCGAUGCACGGACACUGGCCAGCAAGUUCGAGCCGGUGAUCAGCGCCGCGCCGAGUCUGCACUGCAGGAUUACGGAGUUCGCGGGCACCAAGCAUGACGAGCACGACUUUUUCGAGAUGAAAAUCGAGUUCUUUGCCUACAAGGAGAAGCUGCUACGCGAGGUCCUUCACAUUGUCAGCUCAUCCAAUGCAAAGGAGCUGCUGCAGCUAGUGAUCGCCGCCCGGGUUUUGGGGAAGGGCAAGGGCACGCCCAUGCUGCGCACCGGAAUCCACUGCAUCGGAGUCGAACGGGAUGAGGAUGAGUCGGAGGCCUCCGAUUUUGCCGGUUUCGACAGCAAGCCCUAAACUGGAACACCACUAUCCGCCUUGCCCCAACUUGUUUUCGUAGUUAAUUGCUGAUAUUUACAUAGUUCUUAAGUAAAAGAGAAGAGAAUAAUAUGUAACGUUAGUUAAUACCUACAUAGCAAACAAUUGUGUAUGUAAAACUCAUUGAGCAUUUGCAUUUAGGUUUCGGUUUCAGUUUUGCUUGUUGUACUUAACAUUUGUAAAUUACUCAAGACCGCAAUAGUCAAGUUUUUAUUGCACGUGAGUUGGCGAACUGCCAGUAAUUCUUGACUCUUUUGUGUAACGAUUUUCAUGACCAUGUUGUCUCCAAAUGUUUCUGUGAGACUUAAAUCUAUUUGCAGUUUUUCAUUAAAUGCAUUUUAGAAGAUGGAUCCAUCGGCCAUGUCUCACUUUCACUCUUCAGAACUAUAUUGUGUUAAAUGUAUGUUUUAGAGCUCUCUGAACAAUUGUACGACAUGGACGCAAUUAUAGAGUCAAUUUAAUGACAUUUUAAAUAAAAUAUUGUUUUUAAAUCAUUAGAACAUUGAUUCAAUAUUGUGUCCAAAUAUAAAUGGUUUUUAAUAUUUGAAAAUGCACUGUACAUACAUAAAGUAAAAUAUAUUUCCUUUAAACUGCACCAAAUACAAAAUAUUAGCUAAAGUAAGUAAAACCUCGAAAACACACAGAGACCAAAUUUAAGACCUUUUUCUAAAUAUGUAUUAUGCAAUCCAGGCAGUUAAUUAACCGAAAAGUAAGCAAAACCAGAUGCAAUUUAUUGUGACCAAAUCGAGGUGCCGUUAAUCAUUAACAUUAAUCAAUUCGGGAAAUUAAAACUUUUUCAAUAAAAUUAGCCCAGAGACAUAUUUAACAGGGCAUUUUGAUAACAUAUUCAAAUUAAUAAUAUUUGGCACUUCAAAUGUAUAAAAGGCACUGUAACCAACUACCUAGAUUUUGUAAAUUUAAAUCUACAAAGAAAAGGCAAAAUAUUUGAGCCCAUACUGUAUACUAUCUAAGUUAAUUAUCGAUAGAUCUGCUGAAAUGCCGUAAAUAAAAAUUCGUUGAAAGUCCCAAAAA